GUUUUAUUCUCUACUGAUGUUCAGACAAUAUUCAACCUAGAUAACAAAUUAAAUAAGGAGCAAAUGAUUGCGGCAAUCAAUGGUAUGGUUCAACCCAGAGGUAACACAAACACGAGAGGUGGCAUAACAACGGCUGUUGAUAUAUUUAAAGCAUCACAACAGUCAAGCCCUGGUGAGGCCAAAACGCUCAUGGUGCUCACUGAUGGCCAAAGUACUGGCGGUGUUGAGCCGGCGCCUACAUUAGCCAAACAACAGGGCAUUCAGACAAUGGCGUGGGGUGUGGGCCCUAACGUUAAUCAAAAGGAGCUACUCGAAAUUGCCAACGGCGACCAGGAUGGUGUGGACCUUAUUAAUAAUUAUAGCCUAUUAUUUGAGAAAACGUAUCACUUUAAAACACAACAAUGCAACAUGCCACAACAGCCACCGGUAGGGGUGUCAGUGGACGAUAAUUUAUACCAAGGUGAACGGAGAUUUUAUCAUUUUAAACUGCCCCCUAAUGGAAUUAAUGUUAUUGUGGGCAAUAAUCAUGGUCGA